AACAUGGAUGUCCGGUACCAGCAUUGUCGAGUACAGUACGGAUGUAAGCCGACAGACAUUGUUGGGUAGUACUUUGAACGGACCCACCUGUACUAUAGGUGUGCUAGUAUUGAACGCACCAAAUGCAGUGGAGUUGUUGAACUUAGAACUAAGAAGUUCUCACAGUUUGAUCUACCAUGGCAAGUUUCAUUAAAGAUGCUCUUGCCAGAAACUUGAGACAGCCGAGAGGAGGGCCAGUUGGAUGGUUUGUGAAUAGAUAUGUUUUUGAGAACCUCAAUAGAGGACUUGAAGAAAAUGCUGUUAAAUUGUGCGAUAUUUCUAAAGAUGACUCUGUGUUGGAAGUGGGAUUUGGUCCAGGCAUUGGAAUUCAAGAGGCCUACAUGAGAAUAAAGGAUGGCAAGGGCAAAAUUUAUGGUGCUGAAAUUUCCAAGAAAAUGAUCCAAAAAGCAACUCAAAAGCUUCAACCUCAGAUCUCUGCAGGAAAGGUGGAGCUCGUUCUAGCUGACGUAAUCAAUCUGCCUUUUGAGUCGGACAUGUUUGACCACGUGUUUCAUUGUAACUGUUACUAUUUUUGGGAUGACCAAGUAGCUUGUGUUAAAGAAUUGCGAAGAGUCAUGAAACAAAAUGCAAAAAUGAUUACCGUAUUAAAUGAGUUUAGUCUCAAGGAGGUCAAUGAAAAGGGGAUCAUGAAAUAUGGCAAUACGGACCCUGAGAAAUAUAUUGACUCCCUAAAAAAAGCUGGAUUUCAUGAUGUCAAUUAUCUAAAGUUGAAGAGUGAGAGAGGCAACCCUUUUAGUGCAAUCUCUGCUCGCAAAUAAUGAAAAAUAAACACUUUUUAACUCAG